AUGCUUUAUAGUGCUCUGCAUGAAUACGGAAUUCUUCACGAUAAAAAACUGACCAUCUACCUGCAAACCGGGAGAUGGCCCAACCCUUCGGGUGACUAUUACGAUACUUCACCGGCAGUUGAUUUACUGAAUGAGGACGUAAACAUACUCUACGACGUUAUUAACGUGGCGGUGCCGAAAGCCGCCUCAGCUACACUCCCCGUCGACUUUUGGAAAGAGACAAAGCUGGUUUUGGUUCUAGAUGAAGUCCCAAAUCACUGGACGCACGAACACUUUCUGGAAUUGCUCAGAAAACUGCGGGAUGUAUUUGCUGGCGUUUUUCUCAUGGUUGGCAGUAUGGCGCUUAGUGACAGCGUGCUGGAACAGCCGACUGUGCCACAACAAAUGAUCAAGGUUCAAAUGCGUCCUGUCGAAGAGGACAAAGCAAAGAGCCUACUCCAAUUGAUAGUCACAGAGAGAUUCGACGAAUGGUGGAAGGCGUUUCCUCUUUUGACAGCUUUGAUUACCAACCAGAGAUGUGCGGAGGUUACGGCAGAAGUGCUUUGUGACAUCACCGCAGGACUAGCAGAAGGCACACCAGAAGAUAAGGCAGUAGAGCAUUUUGCUUCCAUGACUACGUAUGUAAUGUUGCGUGUUGCCCAGAGGUAUCUUAAAAUGAAUGGUAUCCAAAAGCUUGAUUAUUCGCAUUGUAUCCUACUGAUGGUAAGCACACUGGGACUUGUUUCCAUGCGCGCAAACCGCGGUCAAGCAGAAUGCGGAGGGUGCCAUUGUUCGCGCGUUCGGGACACUGUUUACAAAAGGGUAAUCCCCAAAGAUGGUAUCGCUGCCUGUACCAAAGGGUUGGUGGAUAGGCAGACAGAUGGUGAUACUGUUGACAAAAGCUUUCUGGAAUGGACAAUGUCUCCCGCGCUCACGCUUGUAUGCGCAGUUACGCUGGCACCUUGGUUUGUGGAAUUGCACCACGAACCCGACAAGCUCGAAGCUCUCAGUUGUCUGGAGUGGCAAGCGAUUCGAUACAUGCAGACUGAAAAGAUUUGGACUCUCCAAUGA